GUUAAGUUAAGAGUGUGCGGCAAGAAAACUAAAGUAUAAUUCUGGGGAAUUUCAUCCACAUUGUGUCAGUAGUUGUUUUUACAAUAUUUAAAUGCUUCUAAAAUUAUGAGACAUGGAUUUACUGUGGAGGAACGUGUGGGACUCCGCGCUUUAUCUCUACUCUCCGCCUCUUUAAGUCUGCCCUUCAGCUGACAACUUUCGGUCCUUUGCAGUUUGCACAGCAGUCUGUGCUCUGCCCCACAUUUUUAUUUGGCAAUUCUCACAACCGCCGCUCGCCCGUCGCUGCGUAAAAGCCGCUGCGCUGCGCUUGGAAAUGUAGUUGUUUUGCGCACGCCGGGGUCUCCAAAAUGGACCUAAAAUCCGAGCUCCUCAAGUCUAUCUGGUACGCUUUCACAUCGCUGGACGUCGAGAAGUGCGGGAAAGUGUCCAAAUCGCAGUUAAAGGUGCUUUCCCACAACCUGUACACAGUGCUCAACAUCCCACAUGACCCCGUGGCCCUGGAGGAGCACUUCCAGGACGAUGAUGACGGGCCGGUGUCUAAUCAUGGCUACAUGCCCUACCUCAACAAAUAUAUACUGGAUAAGGUCAAAGAGGGGAUGUUUGACAAGGAGAAGUUCGACGACCUGUGCUGGACGAUGACCAUGAAGAAGAACUACAAGGGGGUACCAAAGGAGGCUCUGCUUUCAGAGAGAGACUGUUUCAAACUCUUCUGUUUAUUCAACCUCCUGUCCGAGGACCGCUACCCACUGGUGAUGAUACCAGAGGAGGUGGAGUAUUUACUCAAGAAAAUCUCCACAGCGAUGAGCCAGGAGUGGGAUGGGAAGCCCUUGGAGGACUUAAUAUCCCAAGAUGCUGUAGUUCGGGAAGAGGGCAUGUCUGUUUGGACCUUCCUGGAGCACAUGGGUGCAGGCCGGCUGCUGAGGGUCACCAGCGCUGAGGCCUUCAGUCUGGCGCUGGACGAGGUCUAUCUGGAGAUGUAUCACAAUGUCCUGAAGAGGGGCUACAUGUGGAAAAAGGGGCAUGUACGCAGGAACUGGACUGAGCGCUGGUUCGUGCUGAGGCCCUCCUCCAUGGCUUAUUAUGUCAGCGAGGACUUGAAAGACAAGAAAGGAGAGAUCCAGCUGGAUAAGAGCUGUGUCAUAGAGCCUAUUGCAGACAGAGAGGGGAAACGCUGUUUGUUCUGUGUGAAAACCCACAACAAAACCUACGAGAUGAGUGCUUCUGACCAGAGACAGAAGGUCGAAUGGACUCAAGCCAUUCAGACAGCGCUUCGUCUCCAGAGUGAGGGCAAGUCCUCCUUUCACCAGGAACUGAAACUGAAGAGACGGGUCCAGCGGGAACACAGCCAACGGGAGCGCAGCCGGAGCAGUUGCAGCAGCCGGAGCAGCCAAUCGGACGACUCGAACAUCCAAGACAUGGAGAAGUUGGAGAAAGAGAAAGACAGACAGGAUCUAGAGAUAGAAAACAUCAUCCAGCAUGCACGUGAAUUGGAAACCCGGCGAAGGGAGGCAGAGGAGAGAGAGAGGAGGAAGCAGAGGGAGGUGCAGAUGGAGCUGGAGAGACAGCUGAGAGAGGCGGAGAUGUUGAGAGACAGCAUGAAAGCAGAGAUGCAGCAGAGGGCAAGGGAGGCUGAGCAACAGAAGAAAAGGAUCCAGGAGUUGGAGCUGACGCAAAGGAAACUGGAGGCUGCUCUCAACAUGGAGAUCCAGGCUCGACUGGAGGAGGAGAGGGCUAGGCAGGAGCUGGAAAGGUUGCUGCAGGCUGAAGACGAGAAGAAGAGGCAGUUCCAGCUCCUCCAGGAGCAGCAGAUGGCCUUGCAGAGCCUCAGCUCCAUACAACAGGUAGCCUCAGGUGGCGGUAUGAAGGAUGAUGCCCCCUCGGCCCUCCAUUCGGCCUCUCAGGAGCUCCAGGAUCUGCGUGCAUCUCGCCAGAGGAGCCACCAACACCUGGAGGAGAUACAGGAGAAGCUGAGGAAUGCGAGUCAACACGUCCGGCACUGGAACGUCCAGCUGAACCGCCUGAUGACACCAAUCACUCCUGGAGAACGUUUGGAUCAUCGCCUAUCAUCAAAAAAUACAUGUCCCAAAAAGGAAGGCGCUCUGGCCAGUAACGAGUUUAUCUCUAAAUUCAAGAUAAGAGCCGAUCAGGACAUCCAGAUAUCCGGAGACAACGAGACACUCGAGGAGCAGAUGGAGGCCGUAAACCUGUCAGACGGGUCAGAGGAAUCGCUUGAGAAAUCCAACGGACAAAUAUGAUCACCGGGUUGAAGGUUAGGGGAACCAGUUUUCAAAUCGACAAGUUGAAAGAUGAGUUACGUAAGACGAGCCUUGUAUUUAUAUUUUAAGAUGCACACUAAGAUGGUGGCCUACAGUAUGAUGACGAGCACACUGUAAUGCAGGAUUUAAUGAAAACACAUUUGAAUAAGAUCAAGUGAGAUUUACAGUUUUGUACAAUAAAGUUUAUGCGUUAAUAAUG